UGCUUAUGAGGCUCAGUUCAUCUCUCUCUUCUCUUCUCUUCUGACUUCUGAGUGUGUGACUGAGGUUUUAAGACGCAUUUUCUCUCUCUUUCUCUCAACAAAAUUCGAUGUUGGGGGUUUGAUCUCGAAGCUUAGGGUCCCACAGUGAGUUGUAUUUGUGGUAUGGCGGAAUCAUCCAUCUCUACUGUUUCAGUUGAUUCAAGAGACAAGAAGUUGUUGUGGAAAGGGGCAUUUGCUGUCACUGGAAUCAUGGUUACCCUCGUCACCUAUGGCGUCUUGCAGGAAAAGAUCAUGAGAGUACCAUAUGGGGCAGAAAAGGAGUAUUUCAAGUAUUCGUUGUUUCUUGUUUUCUGCAACCGCAUCACAACAUCUGCUGUUUCUGCUGGUGCUUUGCUGGCAAGUAAAAAAGCGAUGGAUCCAGUAGCUCCUAUUUAUAAAUAUUGCCUUGUCUCGGUAUCAAACAUACUAACCACAACUUGUCAGUAUGAGGCCCUCAAAUAUGUCAGUUUUCCUGUUCAGACUCUUGCGAAAUGUGCAAAAAUGAUACCAGUUAUGGUCUGGGGUACCCUUAUUAUGCAGAAAAAAUAUCAGGGACCUGACUAUUUGUUGGCUUUUUUAGUUACCCUUGGCUGCUCAGUAUUUAUCCUAUAUCCGGCAGGAACAGACAUAAGUCCUUACAGUAGAGGAAGGGAAAAUACAGUUUGGGGCGUUCUCCUAAUGAUUGGUUAUCUUGGUUGUGAUGGCUUUACAAGCACAUUCCAAGAUAAGCUGUUUAGAGGGUAUGACAUGGAGAUACAUAAUCAGAUAUUUUACACAACCUUGUGUUCUUGUAUUCUUAGCCUGACAGGUCUUGUCUUGCAAGGACAUUUAAUACCAGCAAUAGAGUUUGUUUAUCACCAUCAUGAUUGUUUCUUUGACAUAGCAUUGCUUUCAACUGUUGCAACAGUUAGUCAAUUUUUUAUUUCUUACACAAUUCGCACUUUUGGUGCUCUGACAUUUGCAACCAUAAUGACCACAAGACAGUUGGUGAGCAUUAUGCUGUCAUGUGUGUGGUUUUCCCAUCCUCUUAGCUGGGAACAGUGGAUUGGAGCCGUCAUUGUCUUUGGCUCCCUUUAUGCAAAAAGCUUCUUGAGGAAAGUGCCUCAAAAGACAACCUCCGUCCCAGUUGUUCAAACUGGGGAUUCAAAUAAUUUGAAGGACAACCCGUGACAGAGAUGGGGUAAAUUUUACUGAACUGACUCCUGGUAAUGUCUGAAGUGGUGGGGUGGCUUCAGUUUGAAGUUCAGAGAUGAACAUUCAAUACGAUCAUGGAUAGUUCGCCAUUCAGAGUUGGUUUGACUUUAAUCCAGACAGCACCAACUGCAACUAGAUUCCCGGAUUUUGUUAUCACCAUGACAAUAGAGAACUUAAAAUGAAUUUCAACCCCGCAUUUUUUGGUAGGGGACAUCAAUUAUAGACUGACUAUACCAAAGGAUGUUUAUAAAUUGGAAUGUGUAGAAUGCGUUUGUUUGAGCAAAGUUGUUUCUUUGUUCAGUUUUUCAGAGAUGUGUAGGAAAUAGAUAGGUUUGUCGUAAUUACCAGGACCCCUUGUUUACUUAAUACCAUAAUUGGCAAUUUAUUUUAUGAUGG